AUGGCGAGCUCCACGAAUGCUCAGCUCAAUACCCUUUUGGCUCGUUUGGAGAUAGUCGAGUAUUGUAGAGUCGCACCUGUUGCUGUAUGGGCGCUGGACUAUCUCCUAACGCUUGAUGAUGAGGUUGAAAUUAUAUGGGAAGCCAAACGCUGGAGCUACAUUCACGGUAUAUUCUUUGUAGUGCGUUACCUGCCUCCUGCUAGCUUCAUAUCCGCUAGCAUCUAUACAUUUCUGCAUUUAAGCACCGAUAGUUGCUUCAGGCUGUACAAAGCCUUGGGAGGUGUAUCCCUGAUUCUCAUGAUUAUGACCGAAGGUGUGUUAUGUAUCCGCACGCGGGCUUUGUGGAACCUGUCUAGCGUGGUUAAAACCAUUCUUAUCGUCUUGUAUACUGUCGUGUGCACAGUAGUGACAAUAUGCAUGGCGCUGGGCAUGUCGCUGGGUCUCGACGGCGUCUGCUCGACUUCUUCAGAGAGCGCUUCCUCGAUCGCUACAGCAGGACGCGAAGAACGUAUCAUGGCGGGGGCGUUUUCAGCAAUCGCCGUCUUUGAGUUUGCGAUCGUGUGCUUUACCCUACUCCACGCAUGUAUGACCUUCGGCAUAAGGUCCUCAAGUCGCCUUAUGGCAUCACUAUAUGAAGGAAACCUGAUCUACUCCUCAACACUCCUCGCACUAUCAAUAGCCAACGUGGCAUUCUACGGUACCCCGGUCACGGAGGGUUGGACCGGUCUGCUCUCCAUGUAA